UUUGAUGCGGAUUUGCAAAUUAUCACAUUUCUUACCAAAUCUUCACCUGAUAUUUUCAUUCAUACCCACUAAAUAAUUCAAUUAAAUAAUAAUAAUAAUGGCAUUCAAUCGGAGCUUCUGACAUGAAUCUCUCGUCGUCCUCGUCUGCUUCUUCGUCGUCUUCGACCGGUUCGUGGUUCUCCGGCGUGGUCCGCGGCCGGUCGGACCGGUCCGGGUCCGUCAAGAUGGGCUCGGAUUCUGUCUCCGGCGGUUCCGGCGACUUUUCUGGUUCCGUUGUACGGAAGAACCAGUUCCGAGGCGUGCUCUUCAAGUACGGCCCAAAGCCUAUUCAGGUUGCGUUUAAAACAGGUGAUUAUAGACAACAAGUCAUUUUUAUUGGUGGACUGACUGAUGGUUUUCUGGCAACAGAUUACUUGGAACCUCUUGCAAUUGCUUUGGACAAGGAGAAAUGGUCACUUGUUCAGCCACUCUUGUCAUCUUCAUACAGUGGAUAUGGCACUUCCAGCUUGCAACAAGAUGCAAUGGAACUUGAUCAGCUGAUCAGUCACUUUAUAAACAAAGAAGAUUCUGAGGGUGUGGUACUGCUUGGCCAUAGUACUGGCUGUCAGGAUAUUGUACAUUACAUGCGCACAAAUGCUGCAUGCUCCCGAGCGGUCCGUGCUGCCAUUCUGCAGGCUCCAGUCAGUGAUCGGGAAUACAGAGCAACUCUUCCCGAAACAGCUGCUAUGAUUGACUUGGCUUCAACCAUGAUUAGUGAAGGCCGUGGGUCGGAGUUAUUGCCAAGUGAAGCAGAUCCAGGAGCCCCGAUAACUGCCUAUCGGUAUCACUCUCUUUGUGCAUACAACGGGGAUGAUGACUUGUUUAGUUCUGACCUUACUGACGACCAGCUGAGGUUGAGACUUGGGCACAUGGCUAACACACCUUGCCAGGUUAUGUAUUCCAUGGCUGAUGAAUAUGUGCCAGACUAUGUUGACAAGAAAGCAUUGGUCCAAAGAUUGUGUAAAGCAAUGGGAGGUGCAGAGAAAGUUGAAAUUGAAUAUGGUAAUCACUCCCUUUCUAACAGAGUUGAUGAAGCUGUCCAUGCCAUUAUUGAUUUUGUUAAGAGAGAGGGACCUAAAGGCUGGGAUGAUCCGUGGCAUUAGUUUAGUGUGUUGCUCUAUUUUCCUCCAUUUUCAAUUCUAAAUUUUUUCGUUUUAUUCCAUUUCUUUAAUUUUCUCAGCUUUCAGUCUUCAUCUUCUUCUUCUAUAUAGAAAAUUGCAAGUGAAUUUCGAUCUUAUUUUGCUCACACCGUUGAGAUUGUGUCGAACACCCUUCUUUUGUUAACUCAUUGGGAAAGGAAAUAGAAAAAAGAAAAGAAAAUAUUUUGCACCUUUUUCUGGGUUUAGCAUUGUGGAAUCAAACUGAUGAUUUUGAGUUUUGGUUUCUUGUUUGAACACUUGAUCUUUUCUUCAUAUGAGAUAGUUUAUCAUCA